UGAGUUCGACCAUUACUUGAGCAUCGAUUCUGUGGUAUUCUCGUUUCAUUCAACUUCUUCAAAGCUUUUGCGGAAGGUGGUUGCGUUUGGCAUAAUAAAGCACUUGCGGAGGAAACAAAGCGAGCAGUCCACAGAUUGUACCUCUAGCUAGUACUAGUAGACUGGAAAUCGGAUCACCAUGACGAGCAAGGGCAAAGAGGUCCCCAAGAGACCCGGUGUGCAACACCACUAUCGAGACUGGGCCAACGCGAGUGCCGCAGAUGUGGGUCUCUGGUUUCCCACCGCGACGAACGGGGGCGUGGUGAGGCAACAGAAUCCAAUGGCGUCGGGGACGCAGCAGCAAGGAUUUGCGGUCAAGCUCCACCAUAUGCUCAGUGAUGUGGAGGCCUUCGGAGAGUCGGGGAUUGUCUCCUGGCAGCCUCAUGGAAGAUGCUUUGUGGUGCGUGACCGCAAAGCUUUCGUGGAAAGGAUUCUCCCUUCCUACUUUCUGCAGAGUAACUUUGCCUCUUUCCAAAGGCAAUUGAAUUUGUACGGCUUCAAGAGGCUCUCGUCGGCCCAAGACAGAGGAGGUUACUACCAUGAGCUCUUCCUCCGAGGCAAGCCGGAAUUUGCUUGUUUCAUCCAGAGAAUCAAACGCAAGGGAACGGGCCCCCGAAAGCCAGAUGCUCCCGAGAACGAACCGAACUUUUUUGCGAUGCCGUAUCUUCCGCUCUCUGCUGCUGCGGUCAGGCAAGCACCGGCUCCAGCCUUCCCGGUCCAAGUUCGAUGUGUGCCACAAAUGGCUCUCCCUCCGCUCAUCAAGUCGGGAGUGCCCAAGUUGGCCCCUCCUCAGAAGCAAGUAGCUGCGGUGCCCACUCUCAAGCAUCUUCUUCCUGGAGCGAUGGCGUCCUCUGCCGCGGCUCCUCCUGCGAUGGCAGCAACAACUGCGCCGCCGAUGCCUUCGCCGCAGCCAUUGCAGGCACCACUUGGGGGCUUUCUCACUGGCCUCCUUCAGCCAACCCCCAUCGGACCCUCAAGUACCGUGGUCACAGGCUCUCCCUCUCCCGCCACCAACUUUUCCCCAGUCUUCUCUGUUGUGAUCCCGUACGGAUCGGCGCCCACCCUUUCCGCGGAUUCGGAUUGCAUCGACCAGUGGAGCGGCUUGAACGCUGCGUCGAUUCCGCCCAUUGACACCGUCUCAUCGGAGCCACGCAACGACGAAGCCAACAAUGAUUGGAACUUGCGCGAAAACGCCAACAUGUCCCCGACGUCUUGGGACAAUGCAUUUGGAGAAGAGGAAGACUUUUGGUUCGCACUCAGUUAGAAAUCAGGUCGUCGAAGAAAGGACUUGCCUGCAUACGUAUCAGCUAUGCAUGCCAUUGCGUUCUCCACGAGCACCCACACAGGUCGGGAAAGGUUAGAAUGGCCCGCAGAGGUGGACUUCGAGGACGCCACAAUAGCAAGACAUACAGGAUGCUUCAAAGAUUCUCCGAUUCUCGGAACAAGCCCAUUUGUUCCACUCACUUUUGAAGGUUUUGGUUGCUUGCUGAUGCCAGGAACCAAACCUCUAUUGUCUGAAGACGGUAGCCGCAAUGCCAAAACACCGCGUCAUCUCGGAAUAAUCUUGUCCCAAUGUCAUUAGUUUGUCUUCUACAUAUAUAAAUUAGAACUUGCGUUUGUUCAGCUGUUUGUUCACAGUCUCUCGUUGUGUGCUGUAGCUAACUACCAUAGAUAGAAGGUUGUUGGAAUGCAACUUGCCCUCGUGUCACAUACGGAAGCGAUGUAGCCACCAAUGGCUCGUCCUGCCUGACUCCACAUUGGCAGUCACCGAACACAAUGAAAGCCACAGACCGCACAUUCUGCUGGACGACUUUUAAUAUUAAUAGAC